AUGUCUUUGUGCAAUGGGAAACCUGUGUCCAAAGGUAGCCCUAUAGCAAGUUUGAACCCUUUUGUAGAUCAUGAUGGCAUUCUACGUGUUGGGGGCAGGCUACAGAAAUCUAUACUGACUAAUCGUGAGAUGCACCCCGCUAUCAUUUCAAGAAAAUGUCAUGUAGCAUCUCUACUUAUACGACAUUACCAUAAGAAUGUCCAACAUCAAGGCAGACACUUCACAGAAGGUGCUAUUCGAGCUCAGGGGUACUGGAUCGUUGGGGCGAAACGACUCAUCUCAUCUGUGAUUCACAACUGUGUCCAGUGUAGAAAGCUUCGAGGACGGCAUGCAGAGCAGAUCAUGGCUGACCUGCCCAAGGAUCGUGUUGAACCAGCUCCACCAUUCACAUAUGUUGGCGUUGAUACCUUCGGCCCAUGGAAUGUGGUGACCCGCAAGACUCGUGGCGGUCAAGCUAGUAGUAAGCGGUGGGCAAUUUUAUUUACUUGUCUCACCAUCCGUGCUAUCCAUAUUGAAGUUGUGCCAGAAAUGUCAUCUUCAGCCUUCACUAACGCAUUGCGAAGAUUCAUAGCUCGAUAUGGAAAUGUGAAGUUGUUCCGGUCUGAUAGAGGAACAAACUUUGUAGGUUCAGUGAAUGAGUUAGGUAUUGAUGCUGUGAAUGUUGAGGACGGUGAAAUUCAUAGACUGCUGAAAAGUAAUGGUGUUGUGUGGGUAUUUAACCCGCCCCAUGCACCUCAUAUGGGUGGUGUCUGGGAGCGCAUGAUUGGGCCAGUGAAGCGCAUACUUAAUUCAAUGCUUUGUGAAACGUCUAUUAGAGACCUCACUCACGAUGUACUCAUUACUUUAAUGGUAGAAGUGUGUUCUAUAGUCAACGCUAGACCCAUAGUUCCAGUGGCUACAGACAGUAGUGUUCCUGAAAUACUGAGUCCAUCCUCAAUUCUGACUCAGAAGGUGGAUUUCGUGACCAAAGAGUUUGAGCAUUUAACUUUGAAGGACAUAUACAAAUCCGAAUGGAGACGUGUCCAGGUGCUCGCAAACCAGUUUUGGCAACGCUGGAGGUCUGAAUAUCUCCAAACACUCCAAACGAGAUCUAAGUGGCAACGCGAACAUUGUAACAUUAAACCAGAUGAUAUCGUUUUAGUGAAAGACUGCAAUGUCCCGAGAAAUAGAUGGCCAUACGGUAUAGUUGAGAAGGUGUUUCCCAAUGAUGAUGGAAAGGUUCGAAAGUUGUGUGUGAGAAUGUACAACGAAGGAAAAUUGACUGUUUUAACAAGGCCAAUAAGUGAACUUAUAUUGCUCGUUGAAAGUGAUUAA